AUGGGUCACGACGCCCAGAGCAGUAUCACGAUGUUAGAGUGGCUAAUCGAAUCAUUGGGUCAUGUGCUCACAUCGAUUUCGCCCAACCCAGUGCUCGCCAUUCCCUCCUCCGCCAACGCUUCGUCCACGGCCUUGGCCUGUCUAUCGGCUAUUGUCGCCGGUCUCCUGGUCGUCAACGAGCCCAUCGAGCACAGGCCAGACCCAAGCCAUGCCCUCCGUAACACAAGACCCGACGAAGGAACGUCCGCAGAUAGUGUGUGCCAAUGCGAAUCAUUUCUCCGAAUCCCUGGUACCGUGUGGCUUUAUUAA